UUCUAGCUUUCCCAGAUUCCCAUCCAAGCAAUGAGCAUUUUGGCAUCCGAGGUGCCUUUUUCUUCUCAUUUCAAGAGCAUCAUCUUCUCUCUGUCAUCUUGGAUCCAAACACUUCAAAGGUCUCGUUCUUCCUCUAAGCUCCUCCUCUCCCUUUUUCUGAGGUGAAACAUAAGCUUCAGAAGAGGUGGUCAGUUUAAGGCAGUUGGAAAUUUCCAACCAUGAAGGAUUGGGCUCCAUCCAUCAUAGCUUCAGCUUUGUUUGCAUUCCUGAGCCCCGGAGUAAUCUUGCAGCUGCCGGGGAGGAAUCGGCCGGUCGACUUCAUGAACAUGAAGACCAGCUGGGUCUCCAUUCUGGCCCAUGCUCUCAUCUUUGGUUUGCUUCUCAUGUUGUUCCUUGUCAUUCUGCAAGCUCACCUAUAUGUCUAAUGAAGAUUGUAUCUGUCUUGAAGAUGACUGAGCCAUGGUAAUCGACUGAAAUUAGGGCCGGCACAGCAGUGACGAUCAGCACCCGUUGUUUCGGAACAUCUACAGGCUUUCAAGAGAGCUUGACGCUUUUCGGAUCACUCAUAUCUUUCAUGAAGUGAAUAGUGUCGUCGACUAGUUUCUAUGGGAGUGCCUCGAGGCCGUUCCUCUCCCUCUCCAUUCACUCUUUUUUUUUUUGGAUUUUGCUGGUGCACUCGCACUUGUUUAAUAUGAGGUGCUGUUGUAUCAAAAAAGAAAAAAAUUUCAAAAAU